AUGAGUUCUGCUGAGGAUUUCAAAAACCAAGGAAAUCAAGCCCUGAAGGAAGGCAAGGACGAAGAAGCGGUGAAGCUCUACUCGAAAGGACUUGGAGUUGAGCCCAAUCAUCAUGUAUUGCUUUCAAAUCGAGCUGCUGUCUAUUUAAAGUUGAGUAAAUUCCACGAUGCUUUGCAAGAUGCCAUCAAGUGCACCGAGGUUCAACCAUCCUUCUCCAAGGGCUUCUUGAGAAAAGGACAAGCACUCUAUGGUCUCGGAAGACUCGAGGAAGCUUUUGAAGCAUUAACGAAUGGACUCAAACUUGAACCCAACAAUGAACAAAUUAAGAAUUUAAUGAAGGAAGUGGAAACUGCUUUGAUCAACUCUGGAGGUUCAUCAGCAUCAUACGAUCAAGAUAACAUGUCAACGGAUCAAGAAACUCCAAUGGGAGCCGAUGCAGCAUUGCCUCUAUUGAAAAUAUUCAAUGAUCCUAAUUUAUUUGGUAAAAUUGAAAAUCAUCCAGAACUUGCCAAACAUUUACUCGAGAAGGAUUAUGUGGAUGCCCUCAAAGAACUUCAAAGUAAUCCACAAAGCUUACAGAAAUAUAUUGGUGAUCAAAGAAUUAUGCAAACAAUGAUUUUCUUGAUGCAAGUCAAUCCCGAAAUGGACGAACGUAUGAGAGCUGAAAGGGGAAAGAGAGAAGAAGAAGAAAGACAAAGACGAAAGGAAGAGGAACGUAAAAGACAAGAGGAAGAAAAGAAACGAUUGGAAGAGCUAAAUCAACAGCCAGCCAUGAUUGAGAAGAAUCUCGGAAAUGAAUAUUACAAAAAGAAGGAAUUCGACAAGGCUCUCGAACAUUACGAGAAGGCCAUUCAAUUGGACCCCACAAAUAUGGUUCUCUAUUUGAAUAAGGCUGCUGUAUAUAUGGAACAAGGUGACUACUCGAAAUGCAUCAAGCAAUGUGAGGAGGCCAUUGAAGUCGGAAAGGCCAAUCAUGCCGAUUUUAAGGAAAUUGCUAAAGGUUAUGCUCGUAUUGGAAAUGCUUAUUUCAGACAACAAAACUACACACAAGCUCUUAGCUAUUAUACUGAGUCGAUUACAGAGCACCGAAAUCCAGAAGUUGUCAAGAAGAAGCAAGAGUGUGAAAAGCUUAUUAGAAAAUUAGAGGAAGAGGCCUAUAUCAAUCCAGAAAUUGCUACCGAACACAAGAAUAAGGGUAAUAACUAUUUCAAGGAAAAGAAAUUCCCUGAAGCCAUGAAAGAAUACAAUGAAGCCAUCAAGAGAAAUCCAAAAGAUCCAACUCUCUACAGUAAUAGAGCUGCAUGCUAUAUCAAAUUAGGAGAGUUUGCCUAUGCCUUGAAGGACGCAGAGAAGGCCAUUGAGAUGGAUCCAAACUUUGUCAAGGCCUAUAUCAGAAAAGCACAAUGUCACAUGGCAUGUAAGGAAUAUCAUAAGGCCCUCACAACCUAUGAUCAAGCCAGUAAGCUUGAUCCAAACAAUGAAGAAGUGAAGAGUGGAAUGAGUGCUGUCAUGACUGCCAUUCAAAAUAGUGCUGGUGAGAGAGACGAACAGAGAAUUCAAAACGCCAUGAAAGAUCCAGAAAUUGCAGGCAUUCUUCAAGAUCCUGUCAUGCAGCAAGUGUUAAGAGAUUUCCAAAAUGAUCCAGUGGCUGCUCAAAAACAUUUGAGAAAUCCUGACAUUUUUGGAAAAAUUCAAAAGUUAAUUGCCAGUGGUAUCAUUCAAACCAAAUAA